AGUGGCGUUAAAAUAUUGAAAAGGUCAAAAGUUACGAAAAACUGCGUGCAAGUUGUCUCUUCAGACUCCUAUUUCCCGUAUAUAAGUUUGAACGAGGCCGGUAUUACAUUUGUCGCGCGAUAAAUUUUUCGAGCUUGUCGAUUGGCUGCGGGAUAGACAAUUUCUCGAGACUCGGCAACUUUUCUACUCCGCAGCCAAUCAACGCGCUUGAAAAACUUGCCGUACGACAAAUGUAAUUGGGGCCACGCUUUUGCCGCUUUUCAAAAAGCUUCGCUCCUCCCGUCUCUACACGUUGGAGAUUGAUUAAACGUCUCCAAGGAAGCGCGGAGUAUGGCGGUAAGAGCUUCCUCGCGUAAUUGACCCUAAACGUUGCCCCGGAAGCUUCGGUCCGCGCAACUUCGUCCCCUCUCGCGCCGGCGGAAUGAAGACCGGCGACUCGGGGUCGCCGCAACGGACGUCCUCCAGGGUUCCCAGCGUUACUUCGUCCAAGAUAAAGCUCGGCGCCUUCGGGCGGGCCCGUAAAGCGGGAUGCGAGCGGAACGUCGCCUCGGCGCUUCUUCAGCAACGGCAGGCUCUUCGGAUCGUUCGCGAGAACGUGGACGUGACGCCGAAGCCGCUGGUCGACGCCGCCUUCGGCACCAUCGACGAGAACCAGACGACCGCCUUGGAGACCAUCGGAUUGUUCCAGACCGGAAGUGGCUCCCAACUGACGGCGUCUCCCUCGAGGAUCAGCAAUCUCCGGACCAGCUCGUCCGCCCUCCUCAAGACCUUCUCCACUGACGAUUUGCAGAUGGAGAGUCUGCUGUCCACGCAGGUGUGCGGCCUUUUGCCCACGGAGGAGGACGAGGACGCCGCGCCGCCGCCAUUUUUCCUGCCUAGCGACCACUCGGUGGUAUUCGCGACACGUCCGGAAACCGUGACGAUCACCUUGAAGGAGACGCAAACGUUCCUCGUGUUCGAGAUGCCGCAGAUGACCGAGGACCUGCGUACGCCCGAGGGACAGGCGGUCGAGCAAGCAAACGAGAAUUACGAGUACGUGACCGUAGGUCCGGGCUCGAGUCGGAAGCUGUUGGACGUCGAGACGCAGACGAUACGCGUGUUGACGAAAUCGCGCGGCACCUACUGCGGUCUGAGGCCGCGCAGGAAUCAGGGAACGUUCGUCAAUAACUGGGUAAUGCAUGACACUUACGUGGCACCGGAGCUGAUGGUGGAGAGAGACGGACUCCUGGUCGUGCACACGAAGGAAUCGAUGCGGCGGAUGCGAGAAGCGCAGGAACUCCGGUACAAGCUCCCCGAGCCUGAAACGACCCCCGAUCGAAGCCCCGAGGAGCAACUGUCUCGUAUCUGUCGGGAGACAGGAUUCCUGGACGCGGCACGCGUGAUGGAACGUAUAAUCGCAAACAACGUCUUCGUAGAGGCGCAGAAACGCUUUACCGGGUUAACUAAGCGCGAUCCAUGCGCCCUGGAUCUGAAAUUCGAUUAUCGGCUGGAUCUGCUGUGGACAUUCGCGUGCGAGAUGGUGCACGAUCGUCCUGUGGCCGCGUUUCGUUGGAGUCCGGCGAACGCGAACAUCCUCGCUGUCGCCUACGGCGCCAAAACCGGGUCCGACAGACCGGACGGAGUACUGUUGAUCUGGUGCGCCAAGAACCCCAGCCAGCCCGGUCGCGAGUACACCUUCGACAGUCCACUGUCCGACAUCGAUUGGAGCAAGGAGCGGCCGAAUCUUCUGGCGAUCGGUUUCUACGACGGAAGCGUGAGGGUAGUCGACGUCAGCGUGAAGAAAGUGAAUAUUAUUAGGCAGAGUCGUAGGGAGACAUCGGCGGCUUGCUCGCCACAUUGGCAAGUUCAAUGGUGGAGCGGCGACGAGCAAUUCGACUACCAAGAACAGAUCUACACCAGCGAUCAAGACGGCCGGAUAUUUUGCUACCGUCUGGGCGAAGAUUUUUUUGCCACGGAGAUCAUGCGCUUAUACAGAGUCGAGGGUAAACUAAGUGGUGUUUCUAGAACCGAUCACUGCGUGGCUUACGACGUGCCCAUCAGUCGUCAACCGGCCGCUCUUAUCCUCCGAAGACACCCCGUCGUCAGCAACGUGUACUUGGUCGGUUCCGACGAGGGUUGCAUCUAUCGGUGCUCGACGAAUUACUUGCGUCAGCACGUGGACAGUUUUGUGGCGCACGACGGCCCGAUUUACUCGUUCGAGUUCUCACCCUUUUGUCAGAAGUUGUUUCUGACCUGCGGCGCCGACUGGUGCAUCAGGAUCUGGGCCGACGGUCUCACCGAGCCGCUCAUCACCCUGUCGACAGCAAUGGCGUGUGUAAGGAACGCCUGUUGGAGCCCCACGUGUUCCACCAUCAUCGCCAGCGUCGUCAACGACCAGAUUUGUGUGUGGGACAUCCAUAGAAAAACGCACACUCCGACAUCCGUAACGAUUUCAACGAACGGAGCGAGAUUGGUGGCCGCUGAUUUUACAGCGAACGGGAAUCAGCUGGUGGUCGCUGACGUCGGGGGCGUCGUUUACGUCUACAAUCUCGAGGGCAUGCCGUUUCCACCCUAUGAUCAAACUAAAGUACUGAUUGAGUCUGUCCACAAGGCACUGGCAACCAAACCGGAACUGCUAAGGAAGCUGAAGAAACUCGGCCCACCAUUUUGAUUGUGCGAUUUUUACUGAGGAACAGUCUUUCACAAGCUAGAUAAUGUUCAUCAGGUUUUGCAGACAAGUUUCAGA